GAGCUAAAUUGCCCUUGGGCGGCGCGUAGCUUCUACUUUCUCUCUCGCCCUCUCGCUACUACGACCGUGUCGCCAUGGCUGGCAAAGGCAACGGAGCUGGGAUCUCGGAGGGGCUGGCGUGGCUGCUGCUGCUCCUGGCUCUGGCUGAGCUCGGAAGAGCCCAGGACAGCCCGGAGCCAGGCGAGGAGAUCCUGUCCCAGGUGGCCUUCGUUCAGACGACCCUCCGCAACACCAGCGGCAGCUCCGAGUUCAUGUUCGAGUUUGACGACGACGAGAUCUUCCACGUGGACCUGCAGGAGAGGCGGACCAUCUGGCGGCUGCCGGAGUUCGGGCGCUUCACCAGCUUCCAGGCGGAGGGAGCGCAAGGGAACAUCGCCGUCCUGCAGUCCAACCUGGAGAUCCUGAUGAAGCGCUCCAACUACACGCCCGCCGCCAACCAGCUUCCAAAAAUGAUGAUUUACCCGGAGCAGGAGGUGGAGCUGGGGGAACCCAACGUACUCAUCUGCAUGGCGGACGACUUCUCUCCCCCGGUGCUGAACAUGACCUGGUUGAAGAACGGCCAUCUGGUGACCGAAGGGGUGCAGACCAUGGAUUACUACCCCAAGAAGAACCACGCCUUCCGCCGGUUCUCCUACCUGACCUUUGUCCCAAACCAGGACGAUAACUACAUCUGUGAGGUGGAUCACUGGGGCCUCAAGGAGCCUGUGGGAAAGCUUUGGAAUGCCAAUAUCCCAGAGCCCCUCUCGGAGACGACCGAGAACGUGGUGUGCGCCCUGGGCCUGGCGAUCGGCAUUUUGGGCAUUGUGGUUGGCACCUUCCUGAUGAUAAAGAGCAGGAACAUGGGAGAAGCCAGCUACCGCCGAGGGCAUCUGUAAACCAGGAUUGGGACGAGCGUCAGUCCCCACCCCCACCCCUCCCGUGAGCUGCAUUUCUACCUGUGCUGCACACUUUUUUCUUUUCUGACACUUGUGACGACUCCAGAGUAAACUAGGAAGAGGGAGGGGGAGCUCUCUGCCCCCCCCCGCCAAUGUUCUUCCCCACUUGCCUUGUCGGAGAUCCGAGAAAUGCAACCUUCUCAGGGGUCCGCCUCGUCUUUCAAGCGUUGGGACUGGAGGGAAAUGUCGGGAGGGGGUUUUGGAGUGGAGAGAAGCUGGCAAGGGUGCUGUCUGAGUUGGGUUGUCCUCUUGCAGACCUUUCGUGAUCAAAACUAGGUAACAUCUUCCCUAGCACUGAUGAUGAUACUUAGUUGGGUCAUGAGACGUCUACAAGGAAACAACCCCCCCAAGCUCUGAGCUCUGAUAAUGAUCCCUAGUUGGGUAAUGAGAUGUCUGCAAGAAAGCCACCAAGCUCAGGGAACAUCAAGGACCCCAUAGUCUUCCUCCUCCUCCUCCCUUCCCUUCUAAUGAUGUUCCCUAGUUGGGUCGUGAGACGUCUGCAAGAAAACCACCAAGUUCCAGCAACAAAUAUUCUCCUUUAUUGAGAGAAAACACAGGACGGGGGGGUCCUUUGCCACCAAUGAUGGAGAAGGCCAGUUUGAAGGGGGCACCUGGUCCAAGCCCAGGAACCAGGGCUAGCUGAAGGGGGCACCCUCUGUGGUGCCCAUCCCCCCUACCUCUUGAGUAUUAUUUUCUCCCCUCCCUUUCUGAUCAGCUUCUGGGUUUCUUUGGGACCCCUUUGUCCACGAGGAAGGCAAGGGCAGGUGAUCCCUUAGCACAAGGGUAGGCAACCUUGGCUCUUCUAUGACUCGUGGACUUCAACUCCCAGAAUUCCUGAGCCAGCCAUGCUGAGGGAAAAGGGAGAGGUUUCCAAGCUGGGCCAGGCUGGCUCAGGAAUUCUGGGAGUUGAAGUCCACAGGUCAUAAAAGAGCCAAGGUUGCCUACCCCUGCCUUAGCAUCUCUCUUCAAUGUCCCCCCCCCCCAUCUCAGAAACCUCCCUUAAACAAUCUCUGACUGCAUUGACUUUUAUAGCUCCCAUCCCAGGUCAUAACCCCCCCCCCCCAAUGAUCCAAUUGCAGUCUGCUGGCUCCCUUUGAAUAGAAUGUGAAAAUUGUUUUGUGUAGCCAAAUCCAGAGGUCCGUUUCCUUCUUUGUCAGGACCCUGGACAGUGAUUUAAGCAAUCUCUCUCUUCCGCGGCCUGUAGAAUGAUUAAGGGUUUUUGGGUUUUUUUGGUGUGUGGUUUUUUUUUGAACAGUGCCUUCCUUCUGCACCCACCCUCCCACCCCCACAAAAUUCCACCCACCCCUCUUUUGUCCUGCAAAAUCAGCCCCUUCAGCUCUGCAACCGCUGCAGAAUCAGAACGCUUCCGAGCUUUGGGCUGCUUCUUCUUUCCAAUAAAGAUGAUAUUACUCAA